UUCUUCCCACAAACAAGAAAAACACACACUCUCUCUCUCAGAAAGAUACAAGUAAGAACUUCAACUCUUGAAAUGGCAACUUUCUCAUAUUUCCAACACUACCCUCAUUCCCUUCUGGACCCUUUUCUCUUCUCCCCACCUAACUCUUCUAAUAAGCUCUCUGGUUUCAUCGACCAGAAUCCUCUCUAUUCACUACCAAACAGUUUCACAAUCGAAGACACUUCCUUGAAUCCGUUUCUUGAUUCAUAUUGUAAUGAAAAUGUAGAAAGCUCUGAUGUUAAGAAAUAUAGCAACAACAACACAACCGGUUCUUCUUCCGGCGACCAGCUCAGCCAGAUACCAUCCACUGCCUCUGCCGGAAACAACCGUCGGAGGAAGACCAGAAACGGGUUUAACAAUAAGGAAGGAGUAGAGGACCGUAAAAGCAAAAAACAGAGAAAUGGUUGCUCAAGCGACGUCAAAAAGAAGAGAACGAGCGUAGAAGAAGCUCCCAAAGAUUACAUUCACGUUAGAGCCAGAAGAGGCCAAGCUACUGAUAGUCACAGCCUCGCUGAGAGGGUGAGAAGGGAAAAGAUAAGUGAGCGGAUGAAGACUCUCCAAAAUCUUGUUCCGGGAUGUAAUAAGGUAACAGGGAAGGCCCUCAUGUUGGAUGAGAUUAUAAAGUACGUCCAGUCUUUGCAGAAUCAAGUUGAGUUUCUCUCGAUGAAGUUAGCUUCUAUAAGUCCAGUGGUCUAUGACUUCGGUUCAGACCUUGAUGGCCUCAUAGUUAGACCCGAGAUGGGACCCACAGAUGUUGGAACGUCUUUUACCAAUGCAAUGCCAACAACUACUACUCUCCUUUCUUCACUUUUGGAUGAUCCUAUAAUACCCACACAGGCACAGCUUCAGGAAGAGGGAGAAGAAAGAGAGAAGUUUGGAGACAGAAGUGGGUUCAACAGCAACAGCUUCGGUUCUUUCUCUUAAGUAAUCAAUCACAUGUCGACACAAACACAAAAGCCUGCUUUCGUUGAUUUAAUCUCCUCCCAUAUGCACGGAGGGAAUAAAAUCUACGUAAACACAGGGCUUGUAAAAGAGGAUGUAAUUAUUUGUUCGUUUUCCAGGGUUUUAAAGAAAAUUAACAAAAAAAACUCAUUCUUCAUAUGUGUCCCGAGAGUUUCAACAUAAUCAUCCUGAUGCUCAUACAUCCAUCGGCCAUCAUCGCUAUAAUCAUCAUCAUCAUCAUAUGCAAAGGAUAAAAGACCUCUUAGCUUAAUUAGCGUUUAUAAUAAUUUGGGUUAUUCACUUAUUAUGUAUACCCUUUUUAUUAGUUCUUGUAUUUUCACAAUUUGUGUAUGAUUUUCUUGCACAAAAUGUUUAUUUCUCCAUUUUUGUAUGCAAAACUGUUAUCCACACAUUCAUGUUAUAUUUUCUAAACAUUAAUAUAAAUGUGCGAGCAUAAAA